UUGUGAGGGCUGAAGCUAUUACUGUGAACAUUGCUGCUAACAGCCCUUCGCAGUACUGUGUGUUACCAUGGGCUGCUGCGAGUUUCAGAGAUCAGCCAUGGGCAUUAAAGGUUUGCAGGGAUUUGUGGAGAGAGUUUGCCCUGAUGCAUGCAGGACUGUAGAUCUGAGAGAAAUGGCACAAAAACAUUGCAUCGAUCAUCCUGAUUCUCCACCUGUUAUCGUAGUAGAUGCCAUGAGUUGUGUUAGAUACUGGUACACACCAGAAUCCUGGGUGUGUGGUGGCCAGUGGCGGGAGUUCCUUGCCGUUUUAGAAGAUUUUAUUAAAGUUUUUAUGGCAGCUGGUAUCAAGUUGGUAUUUUUCUUUGACGGAGUGGUAGAAUCAAAAAAGAGAGACGAGUGGAUCAAACGGAGGUUGCAGAAUAACAAGGAGAUAGCCAGAAUAUUUCAGUUUAUCAAGACUCACAGAAAACAACCAGGGAGAGAAAUGUUUGUGAUGCCUUCAGCUUUGCCUACUUUUACACGUUUUGCCCUGAAGUCACUUGGUCAAGAAACAGUAUGCACAUUGCAGGAGGCAGACUUUGAGGUGGCUGCAUACGGUUUGCAACAUAACUGCAUAGGAAUUCUUGGGCAAGAUAGUGACUACCUCAUCUAUAAUACAUGCCCCUACUUUUCCAUUGGGAAGCUCUGUUUGGACAGGCUGGUCACUGUUAUGUACUCUCGAGAAGAUCUUUGUCGUGCACUGGGUCUUAGUUUGACACACCUCCCUCUCUUUGCUUCCUUGCUUGGCAAUGAUGUUGUUCCAGAAAACUUGUUGGAAGGCUUUUGGCAUAAAUGUUUAGUCAGCAGUCCCCGUAAGAAUAACAGCUACAACAGAAGAACAAACAUAUUUUUUGCUGUAGCAAAUUACAUCUCAAAAGUUCCACAGUCGUACAGCAGCCUGAAACACUUAGAAGACAUUCUGCCUCUGGGAUCAGACAAGACAUUGCUUUACAGAGGAGUGGAGUCCUAUCUUUUACCUGGGCAGCAGUCUCCAUGGAUUCCUCCCAAAGUAACAAGUUGCCAAAUGUUUUCCCUUCAACAAGAAACAGCCAUGUGUCAAGAUAAAGAAAUCUUUCAGUUAGCUAAAGAACAGCAUGUCCAAUCUGAAAAUUACACGAUCUUCAAUAUCCUGAGCAAGGGAGAGAUUGUAUGCAGCAACUCUUUGGAAGAUGAAUUAGAUACAGAGAUUCCUGGACAGGCACUUAUCUACCGCCGUGCUCGUCAGCAUAUUUAUUCCAUCUUGUUGGAAUCUGGAAAAGGUGGAGCCUAUUCUUUCGUGAAAGAGUGGUUUGUCUAUUUUGGAAAUCCUCUCAAACAGCCAGAGCUCAUACAGCCUGUACAACCUAUUCCAGGUGGAACACCUAAUUUGAAAACACUGUGGUUUGCCAAAGGACAUGACGUGGAAAAGCAGCGAUAUAGUACAUUUCUGGCAUGCUUUCACCUUCAUGAUGGGAUGGAAUAUCUCCAAGGUCUAGAAGCACCUGUUGCAGCAUUCUGUUGCUUGCUGGUCUAUCUUAUGAUGCAGGUCAGUAGCCUCUCUAUGGAGGACUUAAAUGCAUUUGUGGCACUCAUUCUCUGCCUCAAAGGGAAGUCAGCUGCCGAACUGGCAAGUUUGCAGCUUGAGCAAGUGGACUCCAGAGGUGUGCAUCUUGGUGCUGUCGUUGUUCGUGGCCUUGCAACUUUGCUGAUGGCCAAUAGUGCCUGUGGCUUUCCAUUCAGAAUGGGUGAUUUGAUGCCUUGGCAGGUGUUUGACGGAAAACUCUUCCAAGAAAAAUACCAGCAGUCACAUCGAGGUUGCUCUUUGGAGGAGCUUUUGGAAGGCAAUGAGUCUUUGUAUACACCCUUCGAGAAUCUGAAGUCUUUCAUUUGCAAGGCUUGCAUGGCAAAGAAAAGAACAAUACAGAGCAGACCAAGAGGGAAUGGAUUUAUCACAGGAACACCACAAAGAGAAUUUAAUCCCAGGUUCCAACAAGUACACAGAAGUUCUUUUGUUCCUCCAUAUCAUAACCAGGCGAGGGGGUUCCUGUGGAGAAAUCCUCAACCACAAGGUAGAGAGCAUAGAUCAGGUCAUCCAGACCGAAGGAGAAGAUUCCAUGUUCCUUCUCGGUGAGGAAUACAAGUGUACAGGUGACCCAGCUCAUUACUGGAAGUGGAUGAAAAUGGCUAAGAGAACAAGAUGCGUUAUGAAUUGCAGUAUGCUGAAAAUCAUUAAAACUUCAUCAGUGUUUCAAAACUGGUAGUGGGAGAGUCUAAUCAGCAGCUUAUCAUGCCUCAUUUUCAGUUCCAUUUUAUUUUUAUACUUUUUGCUUCUAGCCUGUAGCUUAGAGAAGUAAAUCAUGGAAUGUUGUAAAACAAUUAUUAUAUAGUUUAAGUUCCACAAAGUAUUGUUUGGGGCACUUUGCAAAAACCUGGUUGACAUGCUUAUGAAAAAUGAUCAUGAAAAAAUUACAUGAAAAAAAUAGAGGGCAGUCCUAGGUAUUGAAGAAGGCUGCAAAAUUUUAAUCAAUUCA